CAAACCAGUAGCAGGGGAAGAGCGUUAAACAGUAGAAAAUGCAGUCCAGAUUCUCAUUUGCACAAACAAAAACACAGCGGAAAUGAAACUAUGGAAGUCGUGGCUCAUUCCUAACCCUCUACUCCUCCAAAACUCUCCUCCACAAUUCCAGAUUCUCUCGAACAACAUCUGCUAAUUUAAAAAAGAAAAAAAAAAAAAAGAAUUUUAAAAAUCACCUUCUUUCCACUACUUGAUGGACUACUAUACAUACACCAUCCAUAAUUACCAAUCUAUUUUCUUCUCAUGGUCAUGGCCCUCCUCUUUUUCCCGCGCUUUCUUUCUCCCUCCCCCUCUCUCCGAACACCUCCUCUUCGAUUCAACAACCCAUGCUGCUUUUGCUCUCUUUCUCCACAAACGACAAACCGACGCCGCACUAGCUCAGCUAUUCUCUGGUUCAAGCAGGACCUUCGCGUUGAUGAUCACUUUGGCCUUUUACAAGCUUCUAAUCACUCUCCUUCCUCGCUGCUUCCUCUUUACGUUUUCGAUCACAUUAUUCUUUCUCGAUACUCUGACGAAAUGCUAGAAAUUGUGCUUUUCGCACUGCAAGAUUUAAGGAAUUCAUUAAAAGAACAAGGGUCUAAUUUGAUGAUUAGGUUUGGGAGUGCUGAGGGUGUCAUAAGAGACCUUGUACAAGAGGUGGAAGCUACUGUUGUAUUUGCGGAAGAGGAGGUAGAGUACCAUCUCCGCUCGACAGUAGAGAUUGUUAAACAAAAUUUGACAAAAUCACAACCUCAUUUAGAUGUUAAUCCAAAGAUAGUUCUUUGGCAGACUCCUUUUUAUGAUAUUAAGAAUCUAAAAGACUUGCCUGCAUCACAUGAUCAUUUUAAGAAACUUCAGUUGCCAGUAACAUCACCUAUUUUGCCCCCAACCUUACCUGCCACGCCAAUGGAACUCGACUGGGGUUCUAUGCCCACAUUGGAUGAGCUGAAGAAAUUUGUGAAUGAAAGUCCCUUCAAAUUGAAAGAGAGCUGGAGUUUGAUCAAGGAGAUGCCUACUGAAACCAUAUUGCAUAACAAACUAUCAAAAUUUAGGGGCACGGAUGUGAAUUUGAAUUUCAAUCAAAGUCAAAGGAAGAGAGUGGAAAAUUCUGUUUUUGUCACACAAAGGCAAAAUUUCGUGGGAGGUGGGACGAAUAAAGUACUGAAUGCCUUGGCUGCAUACUUGAGAUAUCUGGAGGGAACCGCUAGAGAUGACUGGCAAGACAGGGUACAUGAGCGGUUACGUAAUGCUGAAAGUCGGGAUGGGGCUUCAUUUUUCACACUCUUUGGUCCUUCACUUUGUCUUGGCAUUAUAUCUAGAAGGAGGGUGCAUUAUGAAGCAAUCAAAUAUGAGAAGGAACGAAAUGCUGGAUUUCUAUCGCCCUUUGGAUAUUCAACAACCACUGUUGCUGCAGCUGCUGAUGCUGUGUGCUCAAUGGAGUGGUAUUGGCUUAUGGCUCUAAAAGGUCAAAUAAGUGUUGGAGGAACAUAUUCUGUCCGAAUAUGGCGAUGGAAUGGGUAUUUAAUUCAGUAUACUGUUGUUGGUCAUGAAGGUCCUGCAGUUCUCCUUGUGCAUGGUUUUGGUGCAUUUUUGGAGCACUACCGCGAUAAUAUUCGUGAUAUAUCCAAAGGUGGAAACCGUGUUUGGGCAAUCACAAUUUUGGGAUUUGGAAAAUCAGAAAAGCCAAAUGUUGUGUACACUGAACUUAUGUGGUCUGAAUUGCUGAAAGAUUUUAUAAUUGAAGUUGUGGGUGAACCUGUGCAUCUCAUUGGGAACUCUAUUGGUGGGUAUUUUACAUCAAUUGUUGCAUGUUUUUGGCCUGCAUUGGUCAAGUCUAUUGUCCUUAUCAACAGUGCUGGGGAUGUUAUUCCAGGAUAUGGUUAUCCACAGUUCACCAAAGAGAGACAGACAUCUGUGAUUGCACGGCUGGGGGCUGAGCUCCUUUUACUUUACUUAAGGUUGAACAUUAGAACAAUAAUGAAAAAUUGCUACCCAACUAAAACAGAGAGAGCUGAUGAUUUGCUUAUUAAUGAAAUGCUAAGAGCUUCCUUCGAUCCUGGUGUAAUAGUGGUCCUGGAAAGUAUUUUCAGUUUCAAUCUCUCUCUUCCACUUAAUUAUCUCUUGGAAGAUUUAAAGGAUAAAGUUCUAAUCGUACAGGGAAUGAAAGAUCCUAUAUCCGACUCUAAAUUCAAAGUGUCCAUGCUCAAAGAUCAUUGUUCUGGAGUCGUGAUAAGGAAAUUGGAUGCUGGCCACUGUCCCCAUGAUGAGCUACCAGAAGAAGUAAAUCCUAUCAUUUGUGAAUGGGUUGUGGCAGCAGAAAGCAAAAUUCUAGCGGGGAGUUUGACAUAGUGGUACAGAAGGGAAUAACAUCUAAACAUUUUCUUUUAUCAACUUGCAUAAUUGCAAGCCUACCCUCAUUAUUAAGAUAUAGUGAAUAUUGCAAUUUGUCAAUAAGCCACACUCAAAUUCAUUUUUUCCAUUCCAUCAAAAA